UUUUUUCUUUCUUCUUCCUUGGCUUUUUAUCUUUUCCGACUCUCCGACUCACAUAUACAUACAUAUGCGUGUCGGCUCAUCAAUUGAGCCGGCGCUUUUUCACACACAUUGCGCGUCUCGAAAGCAAAGAAAGCCACCCCGUAUUUCGCGCGUUCCUUUUUGCCGCUUGACAACUAGACCAAAUGGCCGAUUAGCACCACUUUAAAAUAAUAAGCCCCCCGUUUCUGUUGCAAUUUGAACCACGUUCCUUCAUUAUUUCUCCGUUUUGCACAUUCAUUUUCCGAUAAAUCAUUCACAUACACACAACCAAUGGCCUCAUUGGACCCGCUGGACCUCCUGCGGCAGUACACCACACAAAAGAAGCCGGUCGAGCUGCUGGACAAGGACGGCAACCUGACGACAGACCUACUCACAGCAACCACCGUUCGCUUUGGCGAAGACGCCUCAUUUGCACGCGACACUCCCACAAGCUACCUGCGCAGCAACAGCGACUCCGACCAAUACACGCUCUCUGCGCUUAUGCACUUCCUGGACAACCGCGACCAGAGCUUCUACGACUACAUGAAGACCGCCAGCACUAUGGGACUGCAGGCUGUGUCUUUUGGUGACCGCGGUGCACUUGUGGACUACCUCACAGGGAAGACCCCAGUGGCACCCUCUUCGGCACAUGCUGGCGAGAAGCGCGCGGGCGAGGAUGGCGGUAUUGGCGGCAGUGGGAGCAAUGAGGCUGGCCGGCGCACCCGCGCGCGCACCCAGGCACCGGACGACGCUGUGCUGGCCAGCGACCCUGCCAGGGAUAUUAUGCGGCGCGAGCGCUCGCUGCGGAAAAGCUUUGCGCGCGUGCCGGAUCUCAUCAAGGAGCUCAACCCGUCAAAGCACGCCAAGCCUGUGACGGACGCCGCCAAGCCGCCGGGCGCUGUGCGGCGGCAGAGCCAGCGCAAGCGCGCCAACCCCAUUAUUGUUGUGCCUGCCGCCACAACCGCCAUGAUCAACAUGUACAAUGUCCAGGCGCUUCUCGGCGAGCACAAGUUUGUCGAUAGCCGCGUGGUUAUGGAGCAGGGCGGCGCGAAGCCACGCGAGAUUCUUAUUGACCAUGUGUUGACGCGCUCGUCGACCGAGCAAACCCUCAAGUUCAGAGUGGUGGACUCGACCCAGGACUUUACUGACGCGAUUGGAACAGCCUGGUGUGGCGCCGCGUGGCAGUUUAAGAACUGGAUUUGGAAAACGCCCGAGGACGUGUUCAACAACGCCAUGGGGCUGUAUCCAAAGUUCAACGAUGAAAAACCCAAGGACUCUAUCAAGACCUGGGGCAUUUCGUUGCUCAAUAUUGAGCGGUCUAAAAGACACAUGGACCGCGCUACUAUUGUUGGUCUGUGGAAUAAUAUUGAGCAAUACUUGGCGCGCCAAAAACCCGAUUUCCUCGUUUAAUAUAAUGAAGAAAGCAAAAUAAA